GCACCUCCCUGCUCUCCUGCACUCCCGGAGACAGCCAGCAGCUCCUGCUAUGGACAGGUGGUACCUGGGCGGCAGCCCCAAAGGGGAUGUGGACCCAUUCUACUAUGACUAUGAGACUGUCCGCAAUGGGGGCCUGAUCUUCGCCGGGCUGGCCUUCAUCGUGGGACUCCUCAUCCUCCUCAGCAGAAGAUUCCGCUGUGGGGCCAAUAAGAAGCGCAGGCAAAUCACUGAAGAUGAGCUGUAACAGCAGUUUUCAUACCUUCCACACCACCACUCUCCAGAGAGAAAUGUGACAAUGAGCUUCAGCUCCAUCAAAUCCAGACUUCAUGGACCCUCUCUGGGUUGGCUUCUCAACCGACUUCAGAGUUGUGAGCUGAGAAAGAACAGCGGGAGAGAGGCACAGUUUUCCAGGGACUCCUGCCUUGCUGGGGACUUCCACAGCCCCUGACCAACCAUCCUGGAGUCACUGCUGAGACAGCAGCCUGAACAAGGGCAAUGGGACCUCAGAGACAGCAUCGGUACUGUCAGAGCCCCAGGGCUUUCGACCCUUUGCUCCAGUGAGCUUAGAGCCAUAAUAUUAUCAUCCAGAAUGAUGAGAGAGUAAGUGGCAAACAUACCUAGACAUCUUCUGAGCCCAGCAGACAGAAUUUGGGUUUAAGGAGAACCUGGGUAGUUUAAUGACACAUGCUAUUUUUUUAAAUAUAGGCAUCAUACUCUAUGAAUUGUAAUGAUUCAUCCCAUCUCAAGAAGAUGGAAUUUUAGAUGUAUGUGGAUAUAUUUGAAGCCAACACUGUUUAUUUUGUGUAAUGUUUUUGUGCCUAUUAGUUUCUGAAUAUCUGUGCAUAAAAGCUUCUGUUUCUCUGCCUGCACACAUUUGUGGGUACACCCUAUACACCUAUGUGGGGUGGGAGGGGGGAAUGUGCAUAUUUGUUUGCAUUUACCUUGUGUUUGGUCUUAGGAAGAGAUCUUGGUGAUCAUUCUAGCCCAACUCUUUCACCUCACUGGUGAAGAAACUGAGGUCCACAAAGGCAAAGGUGACUUGUCACAGAUCACACAGCUGGCUAUGGAGACAGAGAUGACACAAGAACCUAGGAUUUCU